AUGGCGGCUUUUGGUUAAAAAAUGGCAUCUGGUGUGGUGGACUUCUUUAUUCAACGACAUUAGUACAAUUUCUCAACCAUUAAACUAUAAAUAUGCGAAACUAGAGAAGUAAAAAAAUAAACAAACACAGAGCAAAAAGCAAAAGGGUCUAUAGGAAAAAGAGAAACAAACACUGAGAUUAAGUUUGAAGACAUGGAAUUGCUCUUCAAGUCUGCUUUUUCGGUAGCAGUGCUCUUCUUUAUCAGUUUCAUCCUCUAUCUCUUCAAUAGAUUCUGGGUGAGGCCUCAGAGGCUUCGAUCAAAGCUUUGUAGCCAAGGUCUGAGAGGUCCUUCACCUUCAUUCCUUCUUGGCAACAUUCCUGAUUUCAUCAAAUUCCAACCCAAAGACAUCAAAGCUCUUACUGAAGAUGGUGAAGCCGUGCAUGAUUGGGCUAAAUUCACCUUCCCAUUAUUCGAGCAUUGGAGUAAACAGUAUGGUCAAAGAUACCACUUUGCCUUGGGAACAUAUCAAGUGAUGUAUAUUACUGAUCCACAUUUGGCCAAGGAAAUAAGCCUCUCCACAUCAUUGAAGUUGGGAAAGCCUUUUUUCCUACAAAAGAAUUCAGAAACCUUACUUGGUAAGGGCAUACUUACCUCGGAUGGGGAGUUCUGGGCUCACCAAAGAAAAACUAUUGCUCCUGAGUUCUAUGCUGAUAAAGUCAAGAAUUUGGUGCACAUAAUGUUAGACUCUGCAAACAAACUAAUCAACACAUGGGAGACUGAAAUAGAAAAACAAAGUGGGACAGCAAAUAUAAAGAUUGAUGAGGAUUUGCAGAGCUUUGCUUCUAUUGUCAUCUCGGAAACUUUGUUUGGGCAUAGCAAUUCCAAAGUGAUUAAUGAAUUGCAGUCAAGGUUCAAGCGUCUUGAAAGGGCCAUGAAAACUCCAAUCUUAGUUGGCGGGAUUGUUUGUGGUAAGUAUUUGUGUUUAUGACUUAACUUCCAUCCCUGCCUCGCAUAAGCAAACAAGCGUGCACUAAAAAACUUGUUGAAUGAUUACUAGGCAUUCUUUCGGUGUUUUUAAGGGUUUGAUUUCCUUUAAUUAUUUUGAAAAAUGGUUGUUAUUUAGGUACGUUCCAACCAAGAGCAACAUAGACAAAUGGAGAUUAAAAAAAGAGAUACAUUCACGGAUCAUGGGUAUUGUGAGCGAGCAUUCAUCUAAGGUAGACGUGCUACAAACGAUUGUCAAUGGAGCUAAGAUGAGUGCCCCGGGGCCAGCUGCAGUAGAACAACUCAUAGUGGACAACUGUAAGAAUGUUUACCUAGCAGGGCUUGAAAGCACAGCAAACACUGCAGCCUGGACCUUGAUGUUGCUUGCAACGCAUCCAGAAUGGCAAAAUCGUGUCCGUGCAGAGGUUUCUGAAAUUUGUGGGGAAAGUUUGCCAAAUGCCACAAUGCUUAGCAAAAUGAAAGUGUUGACAUCAGUGAUUCAGGAAGCAUUAAGACUCUACCCUCCAGGACCCUUUAUAGCAAGAGAAACCUUAGAAGAUAUGAAGUUUGGAGACCUUGAAAUCCCAAAAGGUGUUGGUGUUUGGGUUGCUGUGAUGCCACUUCACCAUGACCCUAAACUUUGGGGCCCUGAUCCAAGCAAAUUUAAUCCAGAGAGGUUCGCUAAUGGGAUAGGAAGUGCUUGAAAAAUUCCUCAAGCAUAUAUUCCUUUUGGUAAUGGUCCCCAUAUUUGUGCUGGACAAUUAUUUGCGAUGCUGGAGAUAAAGGUCGUCUUGGCUAUCAUUUUGUCUAAAUUUUCUUUUUCCCUUGAUCCAAAUUAUAUUCACUCCCCGGUGAUGGAGAAUAUUAUCCGACCAGGACAUGGAGUGAAUCUUAUUAUGCAGAAGUUGACCAAGUGUAUCAUUGAGAAGUAAUGAAGAACAAUAUCAACAACUGAAUAAAAGAAAUGGUGCUUGUGUGGAUAUAUAUAUAUAUAUAUAUAUAUGAAAUUGUUCUAGAGGGGAAGUCAAUAGGAAAAUUCUAUUACUUUUGGUUUUCAAUUAUGUAAUUCCAAUUCUCUUUAUAUUUGUAUUGGUUAGGGAAAUGUUGUUCCCUUUUACAGUUGGUUGAUUUAACUUCAAUGUUCUUUACAAAGAAAGUUGUUGUUCUUGAGGCUAUUUAACCAAAACCGAUUUCAUCAAUC